GAGAGAGAGAGGUUGAAAAAACGCGGGGUUUGAACAACAGGGACCUCCCCGUGACGACGUCGUUUCGGAUGGCCGGGAGAUUUGACUGGUCACGAGUUUUGGAACUAGCGGGGAUUUUUCUUUGUUGGGGGAAAAAGAAACUGGAGACCCCCCCCCUUCUUUUUCAGCUUCGUUGUCUCUAAACUCCGCCUCACAGCCGGGCAAAACCUCCACAUUGAAAUCUCAUCUCACCUUUGACACAUACCUUACGGAUUAUCUGUACCGAAGUAGUGUGUGAGAAAGAGCCACGAUACCCGACGCCCACGCCCUGAAGACGAUAACGCGAAACCCGACUCGCGAUGAGGCGGCAAAAUAGCAGCUGCGACCAAUGUCGCAAGGGCAAGAGGGCCUGCGACGCGGGCGCCCUCAAGGAUAUCCAGCUGUGUCUGGAUGCGGACCUUCAAUGGGAGGUUGCAACAGAUUGGCAGAGCAUGAACGGGCCGUGCUCAAACUGUUCAAAGACGCGCAAGUCGUGCACAUUCAACUGGGCCCGGUCACAGCAGGCCCAGCUCCGAGUCCGACGGCAGUCUGCCGAGAAGAACGGCGCCGGCGCAGGUUCCGCUUCCGCUUCCGCCGUGCCGAGUCGGAAGAGGGUCAAGUCCACUCACAGCAAGAAGAACAACAACGACAGCAAUAGCAACAACGCCUCAGUGUCGCCGGCGUCCCAGGGGCCGGGGCUGAGUGAGGCCCAGCUGGCGGAGCUUCAGUCACUCAUCCCGGAUCACGCCGGGUCUCUCACCAACGAGACGUCAGGCGCGCAUGCCUUUGGCGGAACAGCAAACGACUUUGGAUUCCCUCAAGACUUGUUCACGCUAUCACCCGCCGACGAGCAUCUCGCAUUCGACCCAUCCGACGACGCCUCGCUUCUCUUCCAGGGCCCCUCGUCAUUGUCGGCGCCCAGUUGUCUAUCAGAUGAGUUACCAGGCUUCGACGACGCCGACCUUGUCUCCAUGCAUGGCGCCUCGACUAUCAGCUUGAGUCCGGAUUCAACUUCAUCAACCAUGGGCAUCAACCCGAAUGCUCGCAAGAGAGCGUGGCAGCAAGCGCACCCUAUGAACUAUGCACCACCCGGUGCCGGAAUCUCAGAGUACUCGACCACGCAGACGAUGAUAGCGCGGACAAACCAAGCGCUCAUGACGGAUAACCUUAUGAAGCUGUACCACGACGUCAUGGAGGGCGCGCUCUCAUGCUGGCUGGUGGAGCAGAACUGUCCUUACAUCCUAUCCCCCUCACAGCUCGAGCGUUCCAGUCUCGGCGAUGCACGAUGUCACGACCCGACGCAGAUUCAUCUUAACCUGCCCAACAGGAUCUACCGCCGCGUUUUCAAGCUGGAUAAAUCCCUCGUCUCGCUGGGUCUCAAACCGCUCAGCGUGUCCGAAGACCGGAGGGCCACGAAAGCGCUGCAUCUUGCCAUCAUGGCGUUCACGGCGCAGUGGGCGCAGGGAAGUCAACGGAGUCAAGCGCGGUAUCAAAAGCCCAACGGCUUUGGGGAGUCUAUGCCGGGAACCGAACAGGAAUUCGACACGGCGCUGCAGAUCUCAUUCUGGAACCAGGCGCAGCGGUGCCUAGAUGAUUGUGCAGGGGUGGACUCGUUCAAGGUGGCCAUGGCGGAGCUCCUCUUCGGCCUGACGCAGAAGAACCAGGAGAGCGCGGAAGGGAUCGGCUGGGAGUUCAACGAAGGGAUGGUCGGUCAGAAUCAGCUCGGGUACGAUUACGGCAGCGGAGACGGAAACGGAAACGACUGGGAGACGCCGGGCACGAAGGAAAAGGUGCAGACGGCGCUGGAGGAGGAAGGAUACUCGCUCUACGUCGAGCGCGGCGCGCGGCGCCUGCACGUCCUGAAGCGCCGAUCUGAAAACUUUGAGAGAAGGAAACGCGUAAAGGCACGCGGCACCAACGCGAGGGACGGUUCCAACUGGGCUGUCAGCGGAGAAGACGCGCACGGCGAAGAAAAGGCAACGAUGAAGAUGCUCUUCUGGCUCGCCAUCAUGUUCGACACCCUAUCCUCCGCAAUCUCCGACAGACCACCCGUCGUCUCGGACGAAGACAGCCGCGAGACGAAGAAGCAAGACUCACCACCGCCCAAAGAUGAAGACGACGACACCACCACCGCACACCCCACGCCCUCACCAGAAGGCUGGAACGAUCAAUUCAUCAUCAAACGCCACCAGAAACUCGCGCCCUUGCGCUGGCCCUGCCCCACCGACACCUUUGAGCGCGAACUCCGCGACGCGGCGCCCGUCAAAGUCUUGCUGUUUCGCAAAAUCACGCGCAUCCAGGCUCUCUCAUCGCGCGGCUCCGCGUCGCCGAGGAUAAUCGAGGACGCGAUACAAGACGGUUUGGCGGUGUACCGCCACUGGAACAUGAUGUACGGCCCGCUGUUCCGCGAUUGCAUAGAGCACCACGACGCGCUACCGUCCAAGAUCCAGAGCUGGUACAUUUGUCUGCUGGGACACUGGCUUCUUGCGGCGAUGAUGAUGGCGGAUUGUAUCGCGCUUGUGGAUGAGCAAGGACUCGGGAGUGCUUCGCGUGCCGCGGAGAGGGGGCAGAGCGGGUUGGUGGGCGAUUUGAGGCGCGCGAGCGUGCGUGAAGUGUCGGAUCUUGCGCGGGCGGCUACACCGCAGCAUGACGAUGGCGGGUUGGGCGUGUUGUUGGAUUUUCAUCCGGCUGUGAAGGAGGGGGCUUUGCUUACGGAGCCGUGGACGAUGGUGUUGAUCAGGUCGUUUGCGAUGGCGGGAACGCUGUUGCUUGAGGAGGCGGGUGGUGGUGGGUUGGGUGUUGAGGAUGAGGUUGUUGCGGAGGCGCUGGAUCGGUGUGAGGAUUGUGUCAAGGCGUUGUGGUAUUUGGGGCGCAAGUCGACUCUGUCGAGGCAGGUUGCUGGGAUCUUGGGGGGCGGGGUGCUUGCGGAGCGGGCGAAGGGGUUGAGUGUUGAGGGCAUGGUUGGGAGUCAGGAUUCUUGGAGCGUUUUCGGGCCUGUUGAGAUUAUGUGAUUUGGGAGGGCCUUGAGAUGUAUGGAUGGGUCUUUGGUUAAAAGGUGGAUGAAGAGGAGAGAUGGAGUGUAUUUACGUCACGUUGUGCCGACAACUCAUCAGUGAAUAACGGAGCUACACCGAAAUACGAUGUCACGGUCAUGAGCCAUGUCCCCCCA